GGUUGCUAUGGAGACAGAAAACGCUAAACACGGGAGAGAUUCGGAGCGAGUUCGGUGUUUAAAUCAGUUUAAUAGCUAUAUAUCUGUAUAAUUAUAUAUUCUACAUAUCUUAAAAUCUUUAAACAUUCUGGUUUUAAAGGUCAGAUAACUUAUCUGCGUUAAAUUCAGCGAUAAUUAGCCCUACAGUUUUUUUUGUAAUUUCUUUAUAAUUCAGACUGAUGCUUUUCAAAUGAAUAAAUGAUUAGUUUCUGUUGUUAAUAGUUGUUGAUUUAGUCCGGAUUAGUGAGAACAGGUGAGGAUGGACUCUGAGUACCUGAAGCAGACAGUGGGCAGGUGUCUGGUGGAGGGUUUAGUGGAGGUAAAUGAACAGAGACCUGCAGAUCCUAUAGAAUUCCUGGCUCGGUUUAUCUCACAAUAUAAAGAAAACACAGAGAGAGCAGAGAAGAGUGCUGCAUUAAAGAAGCAGCUAACAGAAGAGCUGGAGAGAGCCAGAGAGGAGGAACAGCAUCAGGAACACCUGAGAGAUGAGGCGGAGCAAAUCAGAGCUGAACAGGACAAAACUGCUUCAUCUGAUCCAGUUGAACCGUCACUAACUACAGAACCAGAAGCUCCUACUGAAGCUGAAGGAUCAGCAGAGCUUCAGCCAGAAGAGGGCGCUGAGCUUCCAGCAUCAGAGUCUCAUCCGCAGGAGGAGAACCAAACUGUUUCAUCUGACCCUGUUGAACCAUCACUAACUACAGACCCAGAAGCUCCUACUGAAGCUGAUGGAGCAGCAGAGCUUCAGCCAGAAGAGGGCGCCGAGCUUCCAACAUCCGAGUCUCAUUUUCAGGAAGAGGAUGCAGAGAAUCAGCAGCUACCAAAUGUAGAUGGCACAGUGAUGGAGGGUGUAGAAGAUGCAGAAAUAAAACCUGAUGAAUCUCCAUCUGAUGAAAUUCCACCUGCCAGUCCUCCACCCCAACCAGAGCCGAGCCAGAACCAGCCAGAAGAGGAGGAUGCAGAGAAUCAGCAGCUACCAAAUGAAGAUGGCACAGUGAAGGAAGGUGUGGAGGAUGCAGAAGUAAAGCCUGAUGAAUCUGCAUCUGCUAAAAUUCCACCUGCCAGUCCUCCACCCCAACCAGAGCCAAGCCGGAACCAGCCAGAAGAGGAGGGCCCGAAUGACCCGGAGAACACACACCCCGACCUGGCUGAAGACCAACCAGCUGCUGUUCUGGAGAGCAGUGCUGCCAAACCCCACAGAGACACAGAGGAGGAUAAAGAAGCCUGAAACUGAUUGAUAUCUUCUCAACUGUUCUGUCUUUUGGAAAUAUAUGUUGUAAGCCUGAUCAUUAUUAUUUUUUAAUAAAUACAUAAACCUA